GGCGCUCCGCCUGCAGGACGAGUUCGUCGGCGCCACGGCGCGGGUGAUGCCGGCCUUCGACGCCGGGAAGGACGUCGAGUUCGACCACCUCGGCGACGCUUCUAGCGGCCUUGGCCCCCGCACGGCGGCGGCCGCCGCCCCCGCGACGGAGGCGCCCGGCUGGGAGGAGCCCACGAAGCCGGCGAAGCCGGCGGCGAUCUCCUCCAAGGCGUGCAGCCUCGGCGCGUGCUGUUGGGCGUGGCGGCGGCUCGUGCUGCUGGGCGUGGUCGUGGCGGCGGUGGCGUCCGUCUGGGUGGCGCGCGCCCUGGGCAGCGGCGAGGCCGCCGCCGAGGCGCUGCCCUCCUCCUGCGCCGUGGCGCAGAACGGCACCUCGACUUGCGUGCCGUGGGCCUACGCGGGCGAGGACCGGUGGGACCACGCCCGAGGCAAGUCAUACAUGGAGAUGGCCAACACCAUGGAGGACUGUUGUGCGGGCUGCGACGAGGUCGGCGAGUGCCAGGCGUGGAUCUACGAGGGCCCCGCGAAGCGCUGCCGUUGGAUCCGAUUCCAGGAGGAGCCGUGCCUCAGCAACCCCGCGGACCUGAGCUGCCGCUGCAUCACGCACUUCGGC